AUGUUGUCGUCUGUCUCAGUCUUGAGCAUUCUGCUCUUCGCAAGUCGCAGUGCCAUUGCCCAGAGCGGCACAAACACGACCACGCUCCCAGAUGUCUUAGAUGCGUCAACAAUAGAGUCGCUGGGAAACAACAGUCUCUUUACUAGAUGGCGACCUACAUCGCACUUCAUUGCACCUGCCGGAUGGAUGAACGACCCUUGCGGUAUGAUGUACGAUCCAACAAGAGAUACCUACCAUCUCAUGUACCAAUGGCACCCAUAUCACAUCAAUUGGGGAAACAUUUCUUGGGGACAUGCUACUUCCAAGGACCUCAUCACUUGGACCGACAUGGGAGGCUGGGAAGGCAAUGACGCCGAAGCCAUCGUCACUGGACCGGUCGGAUCUUAUAAUGGUCUCGGCAUCUUCUCAGGUACUGCGCAGCCCGUCAACAUCCAGGGCGAGCAAGAUGGCACCCUCUUGGCUUUCUAUACUUCCGUCUCACACCUACCAACGAACUGGCGGAUUCCGUAUCAGGAUGAGACGGAAACUCAGAGUCUCGCCAUCUCAACCGACGGCGGAGAGACGUGGGAGGAGUAUGAGAAUAAUCCAGUCAUUCGUCAUCCGCCGGAGGGAUGGAAUAUAACCGGAUGGCGCGAUCCGUUCUUCGAGCCCUGGCCGGAAAUGGAUUCGAUCCUCGGCCAAUCCGAACCCCAUUACUACGCCGUGUUUGGGUCUGGUAUCAAAGGUGUCGGGCCCCGCGUUCCGUUCUACAGCGCUCCCGCGAAUGACUUGACGAACUGGACUUUCUUAGGCGCUCUCUGGGAGCCUUCUGCAAACGAGAGCCUGGGUAGCGCGCUCGAAACUGGAUCCUACGCCUUUAACUUUGAAGUGUCUAACUUCUUUUCGUUGACGGACGAAGAUGGCGAGGUCCACUACUACGUUAUGAUGGGCGCGGAAGGCGGUAACACCACCUUCUACCCGCGCGCAUCAUCAGGCCUCUGGAAUGAAGGCACCGUAACCAGACGCGAAAAUGGGUCCGCUCGCUUCACACCAGUGGCGGGAGGCGCUAUCGACUCCGGCCUUCUCUACGCCGUAACGAGCUUCGACGACACGAAGAACAACCGCCGCGUGCAAUGGGGCUGGGCGAACGAGGAAAGUAACAAUUUUGGCCUCACUCAGCAAGGUUUCCAAGGCUGCUUUGGUCUACCCCGCGAGAUGUACGUGAUGAAGACGAAAGGAUUGAUCAAUGUCAAUGGUAGUUUGACGUCGCUUGGUAAUACACGCGUAGUCGAGCAGAGUGAUGGUACCUUUACAGGGUAUACGCUCGCUGCUCGCCCUCUUCCGGAGGUGGUGUCCGGUAUCCGAAACGGUACCACCCAGCGGAACAUCGCAACCAACGGGACUUCCACCUCCAGCAGCAUGGCCGGCACGGGCAGCAGCCACAUGGAGCUCAUGGCUACAUUCAGAAACUUGACGGGUUCUGCCGGUUUGACAGUCGCUGCGUCUCCUGGGGGCGAAGAGUAUACCACGAUUUCCUUCGACCCGGCGAAUUAUACCAUCAACGUUGAUAGGUCGCACUCGUCGACUAUCGGUGAGUUUGCGAACUAUACCGUUGUCGGGUAUUUCUAUCCGUACACCUUCGCGCAAACGGGCACAGAGGAUGUGGAGAUGCACGUCUACGUUGACGGUUCCCUGCUGGAGCUUUACGUCAAUGACCGCUUCUGGCUCACAACGCGCAUCUAUCCAUCUCGAACCGACAGCACAGGCUUCGGCAUCUACGUCGGCGACGGUGCAAGCGUCGAAGUCUCUGGCCUCACCGUCUGGACCGGCCUCGCGAACAUCUUCCCAGACAGGCCGUUGAACUCAAGCAGCCAGCUCGUAUUCGACACGUCCGAACAGACUAACAACUACACAUGGUGGACUGGAAACUAG